CUUUUUUGUUUUAAAGAGCUUAAAAAAUAUCAGGGCUCUACGACUAUGUGGGAAUUCCCCCUUUUUGUCAAAAAGCACAGCUAACACUUCCCCCAGUGGCACCAGUUUCCUUAAAAUACGCCUCACGGACGCAAGCGGGUUGAGGAGGAGAGCAUGUGUGCUGUUUGAGUAGGUGGGUAUGGAUGGUAAAGGCCCGUAUCGGAUCUACGACCCCGGCGGGAGCGAAGCUCAAUCCAAGGAGGAGGUCAGCAGCUACAGACAGCUUCUGGAGGAGAACACGGUCCUGAGAGAGCGUAUGAAGGGCCUCAAGAGCCUCGGUGAUCUGCUGGAAGAGUCUCAGUCGGAGGCGCUGAAGCUUCGCAAGCGAGUGGAGGAGCUGGUGAGAGACAACGAAGCACUGAAGUCCUCGACGUCCAGCUUCGCCAGUGCGUGUAUCGGCAAUCCUGUUCACACCGACCCCCAAGGUCAUGGGAAACUCCUGAGUCACCAGGCGUCUGUGCGAUCGGAUCCCCGCGAAUGCCUGACUGGGAAAACCAUCCAACCGGAAACCACUGAGACCUCGUCACACUUUGAGCUGGUGAACACAGAAGACAGAACCAUGGCGGAAACUCAAACGGAGAACACGGAGUUGGCCAGUCAGUUGCAGAGGCUGGAGAGUUCUUUCAGUGUGUUUGCACAGGAGUCCAACCCCAACCAGCUGCUGGCUCACCUGGGCCGCAUGGCCGUCGAGUUCCACACCCUGUCCUCAAAAGUGCAGAAGAAUGAGCAGAGAACCUCCCUGCUGCAGACGCUGUGCGAGCAACUGAGGCAGGAAAACAACGAGCUGCGCAAAAAAAUGGAGGAGGACCUACAGUAUCGAAAUCGUGACCUGGAACAGCUGAGACAAGAGAACCUGAAGCUGCGGGAGCAGGUGAGCGGACGGUCAGAGGUGGUACAGAGUGAGUUAGCUGAGGCCAAAGAGGAGGCAGCCAAAGAGGAAGCAGCAAAAGUCAAGCUGGAGGCGGCCAUGACUCAGCAGGUACAGCCAGCUCAGUCCAGUAAAGCUGCAGAGAAAACUCCAUCCAAGACGCUAGACACAGAGGUGUAUGAGAAGAAGAUCAGGCUUCUGGAGAAACAGAGGAGAGACGUGCUGGAGGUGAACAAACAGUGGGAUAUUCAGUGGAACUCCAUGAAGGCUCAGUACGAGCAGAAGAUCACAGAUCUGCGGCAGCGGUUGGCCGACUCACAGAAAGCUGUCCAGGAAUUAGAAGCAGAGCGAGAGCAGAGGCAGAGAGAUUAUGACAAGAAGCUUCUCCUGGCCAAAUCUAAGAUCGACAAUGUGCAGGGUGAAAAGGAGUGUCUGACGACAGAGACGUGCGAGCUGAAGCAGAAAGUGCGCUACCUUCAGGAUCAGCUGGUGCCCCUCAAUAAACAGAGAGAGUACCAGGAGAAGGAGAUCCAGCGUCUCAACCGGGCCCUGGAGGAAGCUCUAAACCUGCACUCUCCCACCUCCCAGGCAGGAAUGAACCUGGGUGAAGGUGUCCUGAACCUUCGUCAGCAGGAGCUCCACACUCAGAUCUCCGUACUCAAAGAGCAGGUGAAGAUCUUCGAGGAAGACUUCCAGAAGGAGCGCAGGGACAGAGAGCGCAUGAACGAGGAGAAGGAGGAUCUGAGACGGCAGGUGGAACGGUUACAGGGUCAGAUGACCAAUCUGACCAAUCAGCUCCAUCAGGCCCAAAAUGAGUGUCAGAGAGAGCGGGCAGAGCGGUGUAAACUGGAACGACUUCAGAUGCAACACAAUAAGCAGGGGCAGCCAGAGAGAAGGACGUCUGACCCCACCUCGGGCUCGGCUAACGGACCGCUGAGCCCACCGUACUGUGGCCCAUUCGUACAGGUGGGCCACCAGCUCGAGGGCUGGCCCAUACACUUCCCUCCCAGAAUGCCCACUCUGAGCGCCGCACAGGCGCGAGACUUCCAGCCUGUUAAUCCUGGUUUUCCUUGGCAGACAUCAUUCCCACAGCCACGAGGCCCCAGAGUACAGACAGAUGCAGCGAGAGCACCACCAGAAAGUACAGAGGCAGGAGCUGCAGGUUUCGGGAAGCGGGAGCGUCAGAACAUGGACUCUGCAAAGCACUAAAGCGCUUCAUCCUCCCUCUCCACCGGCACGUGGCUUAGUAGCAUGAUGCAGUUUCUCUGGCAUGGUGUGAACUAUCCUUUAUUUCACCUCCCCUGAUGUGUGUGUGUGUGUGUGUGUGUUUGUGUGUGUGUGUUAGAGGUGGAAACUGCUUUAUACAAUAAUAAUGCAUCACAAGGACCAGAAGAGAAAUUCCUGUUGAAGCGUCCUGCUCCCCCCCCCCCCCCCAAAGCUUUUAUGUUAACGUUCCUUUAACAGAUGUUAUUUACUGCGUACGUUACAUUAACAAACCCUAAAACCUUCAGCGCUAAUAAACCCUUAACCAUACUUCAUCUUAAGCUCACGUUCAUCACGUUCCUCCAACAAGGAGAUCUUAAUUUGCAUAAAUCCGUGUUGCCAUGGAAUCCAUUCGUUCAUCGCUUAGCAAACAUUCUGUCGAUUACGUAUUAAGGCGUUAAUGCCGAAGUUCAGGUCAUAACUAACGUAGCGAUUAGCGCCAGUUACAGGAACGUUAAUGUGAAGCACCACCGCUAUUUAUUUACUGAAACUAACUGAAAGCAAAUGUGUGUGUGUCUUUUUUUUUUCCCCUUGUUAUUUCUUUAGAAGUGUAUAAAAACCCCCACCCUAUAGGCUGACGACGUGAAAGCUGAAAGUGUUGUCCCGUAACUCUGUAGGUAAAAUGUCUCGGAAAACCUUUUGCGCCCCAGAACAGUGUACUUCUAUUUAUUCAUACGACAUUAUACCUUUUAAUUGUUUUUGGUUAUCAACGAACGACUUAACAUCCAUUACGUGUAAUACUUUCACUGAAAUUAGCUAAAUUACUGUAACUGAUAUUUAAUAUAAUAUUUAAUCACAUUACAACCUUCCGAUCCUUCGAAGGCCCGCUUUAAAGUUUAAUUAAAGCUCUUUUUUUUCCUGUUCUAGUUAGUGGUUUCUGAAUGUAUAUCUCUGACCGACGGAUAUGUCGAGACGACAGUUUCAAAAUUCUUACGGUCUUUUUUCAGUAGUGACGAUGGCGUGUGGUUCAUGUUGUUCUUUGUGUAUUGCUUUUGUCUGCAUUAUAUAUCCCAGAUGUUUGAAGUGGGCCAAAAAAAAUAUAUAGAGAUAUAUAUAUAUAUAUAUAUAUAUAUAUAUAUAUAUAUAUAGUUAUAUAUAAAAUAAUUAUAAUGACCUUAUUAUUAAGAGCAGCUCAUUUAUUCAUUCAUGCACUCGUUCAUACUCACUGCUUUAUGCUGCCUUCAGGUCCUUGUUGGAAAUUCACACCAUCGACGAUUACGACGUUAAGCGCGUGCGGGUUAGGGGACGGGCGGCACGAGAGAACUUUUGUUUCUAUUUAUUUAUUUUAUUUCUAUCUAACAUCAAAGAAGUUUCUCGCCUCGCAAAAAGAAAAUAAAGGAACGAAGAGCUAUCGAUCCGAGAGCAAAACUCUUCACGUAAACGAUCACGUUCCUACCGUGACUUUUUGUUAACACACACACACACAUCAGUAAAAAAAACUAAUAAUAAUAAAGUUGUAAUCACGACAUCGCGAUGAGUUUCACCUCGUACUUACGAUAUUUCUGACCCGACUUGAAGGCAGCAUCAGUGCAGAUCAUUUCAGCAGAUAUCACUAAUAUUCAUCGAAGAUCCGGGUCCAAAAAUGGAGUUUUCCGAUUAUUUGGAUUGUUCUUUCUGUGACACGACUAGUUUGAGACAUGUACGUGGCUCCAUUUAUAACAACUUUCCCAAGAUAAAUUUGCUGUAAAAAUACGACACGGCGUUUAUGAUAUGUAAAUAUAAUAAUGAGCAGGUUUGGACAGGCCUUUCUAGUGAAUGUGUGUUGAGUAGAAACAGCUAACCCGAUUACCAGUGUGUGGAGUAUGUAGAGGUUGAAAUGUUUUGUGAGCUGAACGGCACUUUCACUUUUAUUUAACGUAGUUUCGUGCUUUUUUGGAGUGAGAUAUUUUUUCCUUCUUCAAUCAGGCAGAAGCACAUCUCGUGAAUCUUUUUUGUAUUUGAUCAUAAUAAAUAUAUUCUUAAUGUC